AUGGAGUGUGCAAUCGACAGCAGCCAUUUCAGUGAUCCGAUGCCAUGGAUCGGUGUAUAUAUAACAGCAGCUUCUCUAGUUUGCUCACUUGCCAUGGCGGCCGAUAUCAUUAACGGGCUCCGCCUUCGAAAGCUCUGGUUUCCAUGCAGAUUCUUCUCGCUCAACGCCACUUCCUUGACCCUUCUAACAAUCGCGACGAAACUGCCUGUCGAUCUUAGCACUCCAAUGCCCCGGGCUCAAGAUCAGCUCACCAAGCUAAGUGGGACCGUCCUGAUUUGCACCGCAAUGGCCAACUUCAUGCCGUCUUUAGGAACCAUGGAAGACUCCCAGGUGAUCUUGAACGUCGUUCCUUUGAUAAUUCUAGUAAUCACCAUAAUUAUCAAUGUCUGCAUUCAGAUGAGUACCAAAGUAAUUUCUGCCUUCGUAACCGAACACAUGAUAAUCCUGUUUUUCAUGCUAAUCAUGCUCCUGAUUCUUUGUUCCUCUGCUUUAACGGUUUCGACCACAAGUCAGUUGCUAAAACAACAGUACGAGUUGAAACACCAUCAAGCUUCAGAUGGGCCAGAUGUGAAAGUUGAGACAUCCACCGUUACGAAAUUGAAAAAUGAUGUGAGGAAAUAUUGGAUGAUGGCUCAUAGCUCUAGUCCUCAGUAUGUUCUCAGUCGCUCCUUGAUUGGCACCGCUUCGGGAGCUUUCUGUCUCUUGGGUGCUAUGGUUCUGACGGAGGCAUUCAUCGCAUCACUAUGUCUAUUUCCAUACUGGUGUGAAGUUCUCGAUUGUCCUUCAACUGCUCAAUCCCCAUACGAGGGGUCGACUAAGCUUGUCUCAUUUUCUCAAGUAAUUGCAGUAGGGGUAGGAACUAUAGCCCCUGCUUGUAGAUGUUUUGCCGCCGUCAAUUCGAGGCGCUUUCAGAUAAAAACAUGGAGUGAAUUCAAAGGCGAGUUUAAGGUGGAGAGGUACUGGAUUCAGAAAUUGGUGGAAUGGAAAGACAGCCCUUUACAUUUCGACAUCAAGAGCAGGAGCUGUCUAAGGUUCGUCUAUGGCUUUAGAAAUCUAAUACUGGAUGUCUGUCUACAAAUGCAAACUGCAAUAGUCUUGUUCAGCAAAUCUGUUCGAUUAGCUUUGAUGUUGGUCAUGACUGGGCUCAAAAUUCUGCUGUCCUGCUUCCUCUCAAUCCUACCACGAAGGCAGUUCAAGUCCUCUGGAAGCGUUUCGAAUGAGGAAACAGUGUCUUCUUCAAAUACAGAGAGAGGCCUGAAUGAUUUCGUAUUACAUCUCGAGGGUGAGGACAAAUUGGUCCAUUUGAUCAUGAAACAAGGCUGCAUCGACACAGAGAAAUGGAUCCAUAAAGGUAGAAAGAACCAAUUAAAACAUCUCAUGGAUCUUUUAAGCAAAUCAACAAUUUCGGAAGGCUACAAGGGAGUUUGCGAUUUUGACAGCGACGUAGUUCGCCCGGUAGGUUCGGAGGAAAGUCCUCCCAACUGCUGGGCUCUGCCUUUGGUAACCCUGGUGAGCAUAGCCAUUGCAAUUCCUUGCACGGACCGAGAACUGAUCAAACCAUUGCUACGUGGGGUAAAUGAAGGCCUCCGUUGCGUACGAUUCAUAGAGAAGAAGCUGGAUUUGAAAGGGCUGGAAAGGAUUGUGUCAGCAGAUAUCGUCUGGCUAGGUGUUGAUCUUAACCAUAAAUGGUUCGAUGUGGAUAUUGCCACAUUGAUCCCUGAAGAGAAGGAUCCCAAGAAAAUAAUCGAACGCCUUGCAGAGAUUGGAAAGGAUUGUGUUUUGGACUUUGAGAAGACCAUGGCGCCUGUGUGGGGAAACAAGAAGAACACUCUUAAGUGGACGGCCAAAGCAUUGGCGGGCAAUUCUCUGUAUAGAAUCUGUCAAACCAUUCUGGAUGACUAUGAAAACAAAUUUAGGACAGCGGAAGAGUUGUUCGAAUGGUUGUGUGUAACUAUUUCUGAUAUAUUGGGAGCCUGUCUUACCAAUUUACCGCAUGCGAUAUCCAUCGAAUGCUCUUCCAGUGCCAUCGAAGCAAAGGAAGAUAGCAUUAGGAAAGCAGCUUCUUUUCUUGGCGAAGCUGAAAACAUAUUGGAAACUCUCGGACAACAAGGGGUUCAAGAUCUGGGCAUUGAUCAAUGUGCCUAUAUCGACGACUGGCGUGCCAGCAAACUGAAGAAGAACACGUCACGCCUCCCUUCUGCUACUUCCAAUGACGAUAUGUCCAACGCUACUUUAGGUGAACUGCGUCUAUCUAACGAGUAGGGAUCAGAAGCUUUUGAUUCGAGGAGAUAAAAAGAGAUGCAGAUGAUACGCAUACUGGUGUUCAUGUGGAAUAGGAGGAGCCAGAUGAUCUUGCGACUCUUUAUUCCUCAUUUCAUUCGUAUUUAAUUUGUACUGUCAUGUAUUGUAAAAACUUAAGACAUUAGUUUGUAUAAGUUUUUGGGCAGCCACUUGAAUAUUUUGUUAUAUAUAUUUGGACUUCCUGCUUA